AUGGAGUCUUACUUAAACGCUCCUCAAGGCUUCUUGCUCUGUUGCCAUGGAAGCACAAUUGGUGCCGGUCCUACUCUUUCUUCAACCAUACAUUCUUCUGUCAAGCAAAUCGUCGAUUCCAGCUUCAGAUUGUUGCGCGGCUCCGUCUCCUUAUACAAGGAUCAUAUGAGAAGGGGAAGAAGCCGUCAAUUCCGAAGAUUUCAGGAGCAGUUUGGGAAGCAUGUUCCAGUUUCAAGAAAGUCCCUGGAACAAACAGAGAUUGGUAGAGGGAUCACGCAGGUUGCGGUUUCGAUGAAGGAUGUUCCUAGGGAGAUGAUGAACGAAGUCAAGCCAGCUGGUGAUGAUCACAACUCAGAUGAUGGUGAUGAGGAUGAGGACGAUGAUUUUGAGAGCUCAUCCGAGUUAUCACCGCCUGGGAUGAUGAAGAUGGAGAAUGCAAAGGACGAGAGCGGGUUUGUGGACUCGCUUGAGAAGCUUUUGAAGCAGUGUCAAGGAACAGGAGCGCAUAUCGACGAGCUUGGAGCUUGCGUUUAUCCGCCGCAGGAGAUUAGUAAGAUGAAGCAAGCGGUGGAGGUAAUAGAGGGGAAUGUUGAUGAGUUCGAGGCUGAAGUUGAGCGUUUGCAGAGUUCUUCAGACGCGUUUUCGGGAGCUUGUGGGAAGCUGCGAAGGUCGAUCAAACACAUGGAGACUGAGUUGGAUAAAAGAUGUGAAGAUGAAGUCGUUGUUGAAAUGCAGAAUGUUACUCUUGGAAGUUAUAAAAGUUUGGAUUUUUUUGCAAUAUUUCUUUGA